GUCACUAUAGUUAAAAUGAAAGGUGCUUUAAUUGUUGUCUAUAAUAUUUAUUUUUUUAUUUUUUCUUUUCCCCCGGUAUGUAUACUAAAUUUAAGAAUGAUAGUUUCAGUAUUUCCUGAACUUUUGUCAGUGCUAGACAACGUGCCAAACACACCUGACACAUAACAUUAAUAUUGUUUUUUUUUUUUUGGAAAAUUAUUUUUUCUUUUUCAUUAAUAAUUAAAAGAAAAAAAAAAAAAUAUAUUGGUUUUUUUUUUUCAAUCAAAAAGUGACUAAAAAUGAAUUUACAAAACAUGCGGUGAUUCAUUAGAUAGUUUUUAUUUUUUUUUUUAGUUUUAGUUUUUAAUUACUUUUUUUUUUUUUAUUUUUUUUUUUGGAUAUUUAUUUUUUAUAUUAAAAGGAAUUACUGUCGAGUGGUGAAGCUUGAAAAAACAAUUUUAUAUUACAAUUUUUUUUUUUUUUAUUUCUCGUGAAGAUAAAAAUAAAAAAGUUUAAAAUAUAUAUAUAACAACACUGAUAUAAAAUGGUUACAAGUUGUGGAUUACUUGCUGUUGCAAGGCCCAUCGUCAUAAUAUGCAUGACUUUUAUUAUUCUUGCUGUUGUAAAUGAUGCAGAAGGUGCAAGAAAACGUUUUCGACGUCCAACAACAUCAGCACCAGGUUUGUCAAACAAUGAUCAAGAGGUUUCAGCAAGUGUUAAUAGAUUCAAAGUGACGAGAAAUCGACUUGGUUCAAAGCUGACAAACAAUGAACUACAAACUGGUCUUGGCACCAAGACAAGUGAUUACAAGAUCGUUUGUUACUAUACAAAUUGGUCUCAGUAUCGUACGAAAAUUGGUAAAUUCAUGCCUGAGGAUAUUCAACCUCAUUUAUGUACUCAUAUUAUAUUUGCAUUUGGAUGGUUAAAAAAAAAUAAACUAACUAGUUUUGAAUCAAAUGACGAGACUAAAGAUGGAAAAAUUGGUCUUUAUGAAAGAAUUGCAAGUCUUAAAAAAGCAAAUCCUUCACUUAAAAUUCUUCUUGCAAUUGGUGGUUGGUCAUUUGGAACUCAAAAAUUCAAAGACAUGACAUCAACAAGAUAUGCAAGACAAACAUUUAUUUACAGCUCAAUACCAUAUCUUCGUGAUCGAGAUUUUGAUGGUCUUGAUAUUGAUUGGGAAUAUCCAAAAGGUGGUGAUGAUAAAAAAAAUUAUGUUCUACUUUUAAAAGAACUUCGAGAGGCAUUUGAAGCUGAAGCUCAAGAACGAAAAAAACCACGUUUAUUGCUGACUGCAGCAGUACCAAUUGGUCCAGACAAUGUUAAGAGUGGAUACGAUGUACCGGCAGUUGCAAGUUACUUGGAUUUUAUUAACUUGAUGGCAUAUGAUGCUCAUGGUAAAUGGGAACGUGAAACUGGACACAAUGCUCUAUUGUAUUCUUCAUCACUUGAUUCUGAAUGGCAAAAACAACUUAGUGUUGAUAAUGCUGCAGCAAUGUGGGUUAGACUUGGUGCACCUAAAGAAAAAAUGAUUAUUGGAAUGCCAACUUAUGGAAGAUCAUUUACUUUAUCAAAUCCAGAUAAUUUUCGUGUUCAUGCACCAGCAAGUGGUGGUGGUAAAGCUGGUGAAUACACAAAAGAAUCUGGUUUUUUAGCUUAUUAUGAGAUUUGUGAAAUGUUACAAAAUGGAGCAGCUUAUGUAUGGGAUGAUGAGAUGAAAGUACCAUAUUUAGUUCAAGGUGAUCAGUGGGUUGGUUUUGAUGAUGAACGAGCAGUAAGAAAUAAAAUGAUUUGGCUUAAAGACAGAGGUUACGGUGGUGCAAUGGUAUGGACUGUUGAUAUGGAUGAUUUUAAUGGUACAUCAUGUCCUGGUAAUAUUAAGUAUCCACUUAUAACUGCAAUGAGAGAAGAACUUAGAGGUAUACCACGUACAAGUGGUGAAAAAGAUGUUGACUGGAGUAAAAUUGCUGCAACAGUCAGUGAAAUUGUUAUUGAAAAACCACAACCUGAAAAAAUAUCACCAAGUGAAAUACUUAAUAAAGUUAAAAAAGCAUUUAAACCAACAUCAACACAAUUGGUUAUUAAUACACCAUCACGAGAAAGGGGACCCUUGACGAUUUGUUACUUGACAAACUGGUCGCACAAACGUCCUGGUGCUGGUAAAUUUAUGCCCGAGGACAUUGAUCCAAGUCUCUGCAGUCACGUUGUAUACGCGUUUGCAACGUUGAAGGAUCACUUGCUGACUGAAAGCAACGAAAAAGAUGCUGAGAUGUAUGAGCGUUUGAUUACUUUGAGAGAAAAAAAUCCAGAUAUUAAGAUUCUUUUGGCGAUUGGUGGAUGGGCAUUCGGUUCAACGCCAUUUAAAGAACUUACGAGUAAUACUUUCCGCAUGAAUCAAUUUAUUUACGAAGCAAUUGAAUUUCUCAGAGAGUAUAAAUUCAAUGGUCUAGAUGUUGACUGGGAAUAUCCACGUGGAGCUGAUGAUAGAGCUGCUUAUGUGAAUCUUUUGAAAGAAUUGAGAUUGGCUGUUGAAGGAGAAGCAAAAGAUUCAGGACAACCAAAGUUAAUACUUUCAGCUGCUGUACCAGCUAGUUUUGAAGCUAUUGCUGCAGGCUAUGAUGUACCUGAAAUAUCAAAAUACUUGGACUUUAUUAGUAUUAAAACUUAUGAUGUUCAUGGACAAUGGGAAAGACAAGUUGGCCACAAUAGUCCACUUUAUCCUUUAGAAAGUGCCACAAGUUACCAGAAAAAACUCACUGUCGAUUACAGUGCAAGAGAAUGGGUUAAACAAGGUGCACCAAAAGAAAAACUUAUGAUAGGAAUGCCAACAUACGGUAGGUCAUUCACACUAGUUGACAAAGACAAAUUUGACAUUGGCGCACCAGCAUCCGGAGGUGGUACACCCGGCAACUUCACCAAUGAAUCCGGUUUUCUCUCAUACUACGAGGUUUGCAGUUUUCUCAAUGAAGAUAAUACGACUCUUGUUUGGGACAGUGAACAGCAGGUUCCAUUUGCAUAUAGAGAUGAUCAAUGGGUUGGUUUUGACGAUGAAAGAAGUCUCAUUAAUAAGAUGAAUUGGUUGAAAGAGGAAGGUUUUGGAGGUGUUAUGAUCUGGUCUGUUGACAUGGAUGAUUUCAAGGGUUCUUGUGGUGCAGGAAAGUAUCCUCUCAUCAAGGCCAUUAAAAAUGAAUUACUUGAUUACUCAGUUAAACUUGAGUACGAUGGCCCGUAUGAAACAAAUACACGAAGUGGAAAAUACACAACAAAAGAUCCAAAUGAAGUUACUUGUGAUGAGGAUGACAAUCAAAUAUCUUAUCAUCCAGAUAAAAAUGACUGUACAAUGUAUUACAUGUGUGAGGGUGAACGUAAACAUCAUAUGCCCUGCCCAGUUAAUCUCGUUUUCAAUCCAAAUCAAAAUGUCUGCGAUUGGCCAGAAAAUGUUGAGGGCUGUCUUCAACAUACUCAGGCACCCCCAGUUAAAUAAAUAGAAAAUAGUAAAAAAAAAAA